AGGCGGAUCAACAUUUCCUGCACACGCACUAGCAAAGCGAGUUUAGGCGAGCUGAGGGAGAGAGAGGGCGAGAAAGAGAGAGAGAGAAGGAGAGGGGUUUACAUUCUCACACGCCAGCAGUCCCUCUGAUAAAAACACACUCGGGAGGGGAAAAAAAUAAAAGUGGAGAAACCAGGAUAGCGCGCAUAGCUGAUUUCUCCUCUAGCACUACAGGCGUCCUGGGCACUGGGUAGGAAGAAAGGACAAGUGGGGGAUUUGAAUCGGAUCUCCGCUUCUGAAGCGUGUGUUUCAUGCACAUUUGCCCACCGAAGUAGGCAACUGAAGAUAACAUCUGUUUUUUUCACCGAAAGUGAGAAAAUAACCCGGGUUGUAAGGUUCGUUUUCGCUCGCCGCUCCAAGUACCAUGAAGCUGCCUUGUUUGAUAGCGCUGGGCUCCAUCCUGUUACUACUAGGCGACACCGCAACGGCUUAUCGCUGGCCGCGAGCUUCAGAGGAGGUGGGCCCGAUGGACACAGAGGGUUCAACUGAUGAUGGGUUUAUCGACGAUGAGGAUUUAUACUCUGGCUCCGGCUCUGGCUUCCCUGUUGUACAGCUGAAGCCGAGAAACAAGGUGACCUUCAGCACGGAAGUGCCAGUCUCGCUCUCCACCACGCAGGCCACCUCGCCAGCCCCCUCCGUGCCACCUGCUGCCAUGCCAACAGGUACCCAGCGCCCGCUGGUGGAGCCAGGGGAGAACGAGAAGGAGAGCAGCUCCCUAGCCACGGAGUCAGGCCGCCAAGAGCCCGGCUCUUCCGCUUCUGUCCCCAUGGCGACGACCAGCUCGGCCACCACCACGGCCCAGCAGACAGUGCCCACUACCAGUGCCACGGACCUCAGCACCACAGAAGAGGUCAGGGAGGACGUCUUCAUCCCAGAGGAGACCGAGGAGAGACGCACCACUGCCCUGCCCACCGCUGAGCCCGCCGCUGCCGUUACAACCACGAUCACGGCGACCACGGCGGUCCUCCGCAGAAGGAAAACCAUGUCAAGCACUCCCACCGUUCCUACGGCGAUGUCUACCACAGCUGCAGCCUCCGCCCCUGGCCGAAACAGGCCCUGGGCUCCAGCAACAGCCACCCCCACUGCUGCUCCUUCCUCUUCGACUGUGAGGCUCCGUCCUGCACAGACCACCACCCUCCUCCCAAGGACAGAGCUCCAGACAGAGCAGACCACCUCCGGCCUGUUCCUCAGCUCUACAGCACAGACGGAUGUGCCAGAUGGCAGCCUCACGAACGAAGUAGGCUUGGCCGGGCCAAGUGGUGAUUUCGAGAUCGAGGACGGCAACACCAGCAAUGAGAUUGUGAAGAGCAAAACCAAGGAGCCGGAGGACAAAGUGGAACCCGACUUCACUGGGAACACCAUUGACACUGGUAGCUCUGCUGCCCAGCUCCCACAGAAGAACAUACUGGAGAGGAAGGAGGUUCUCAUAGCUGUGAUCGUGGGUGGAGUGGUGGGGGCUCUCUUCGCCGCCUUCCUGGUCAUGUUGCUGGUGUACCGGAUGAAGAAGAAGGACGAGGGCAGCUACACUCUGGAGGAGCCCAAGCAGGCCACAGUCACCUACCAGAAACCAGACAAGCAAGAGGAGUUCUAUGCAUAACCAGUGGCCAACCUGAGAGUGCCUAUCGCUCCACGGACUCUGAACGCAAAGAGAACUCUCUUUUAAACUUAAGAAGAAAACAAGAGAAAACACAAAAAAAGGAAAAAAAAGCUCAACUUUUUUUUAAAUUUUUCAUUAUUUUAUAACGUUCAAGCUCUUUUAACCUUUUCCGGCACAAUUGUUUCAACCUUUGGUCCCAGCACUGAAAAAAAAGAUGAAGGUUGAGGCGACUGCAGUUGAGCUGGUGGAGGGGAUCGCUGUUGGGCUAUCAGGAACCAGAGGCUAUGUUUUGGAGCUGUAAUUGAAUCAGAAUUAGGAACAAUUUGAACUAAUAUCAGUCGUAAAAAUCAUUAGGCACCACGUACAAGAGGGCCCUGUGAUUUGCAGCACAAUCCUUUUAAUGAAAUGAUCUUAUAGUGACUGUUGUGUUACCAGGGAAAAGCCGUCUUUUGUGAAUAUCUGUCUGUUUGACACAACUCAAGAUAUUUUUCCCCAGCAGAAAGCAUUAGGGCUCAUAACUAAAGUACAGCUAAAUAUAGGGCAGGUAUGUUGUCUAAACUGAUUUACAGCAAAGUGGAUGAAAUUUUAAUUACUUUUUAGUUAUCUUAAAAACAUUUCUGCGCACUAUAAUUCACCUAUCUGCUGCGCUCCUGGAAGGCAGAGAAUGAGACUGUCUACCUUCAUCUCGUAUUGCCUGUUAACAAUCAAAGCAAACUGGAAUAAAAAAAGAAUGACAACAAUUCAAAUUCCGAUGUAGUGCCUUUCACAACUUGGUGUUAUGUUGCUCAGAUCAGCUUGCAUAGCUAACUGUUCAGUCCUUAUUAAUACAUGUACAGUGGUUUGAAAGACAUGUAUCCAAAUGAGCUAUCUCUUGCUUUCUCAACAAUUCUACUAUGAUUAGUUGAGCCUAGAAUUUUUUGGGGGAUAUUUUUCUUAAUAAGCUAAAUUUACAAAGCUCUAGGAUCCUGAUUUACAAAUCUAUAGGCACCUAAUUUAUAAAGCUAUAGGAACCUAAUUAAAAAAACCUCAUCAGGAGCCUAAUUUGAGAAGGUAUAGGAACUAUUUAAGCUUUCACUGCAAGUUCGUUUCUUUAUUGUAUAUAAGGAAUAGUGCAUAUUUAAGAGUGAUUAUUGUAUUCCAUUUAUCUGUAGGCUUUUAAUGUGCCAUAGAGAGAGGUUUAAUCAAACCUCUCGACUAUAUUGAGAAUGUUUUCUUGGUAUACUCUGCUUAAUAUAAGGACUUUUGGGGAUUGUUUGGGAGGGAUGUUUCUCUGGGGAAGGGGAUAUACCAUAGCAGAUGUUUUGUUAAUUUGUUUUCCUUUGCAUAAACUUCAUGCAUAUGCAUGCUGUAUAUGCAUUGUGUGCAAUUUCAAUUACUGUAUUUAAAGCUUGAAGCUUAGUCUUAAGAUACCUGCAUCCCCUACCAAAUACCCCUACAUGUCUAAGUAACCUAUGAUAGCCAUUUUGCAUAAUUAUAUUGGUACAGGGCUGCCUUCAGGCUUAUAAUAUAAAACUGUAGGUUUCUCCUUUCCCACUGAAAUGCACACAAAUAAUUUCCAUCUGACUCCAGAAUUCAGUCAGUUGUAGGUGAAAGAAGCACAUACUUCCAUGGACACAGAUAUGCUCUGAGUAGGCAGUUUAGUAUAAACCUUUAGGAUGCUUUUUAAACUACAAUUUACAAGUAAGAAAGCUGUGAGUCUCUGUGGUGUUUGUAAUUCACAAUUAGUCUGAAGACUGUAAAGCAGACAGGAGCUUAGGACACUUAAAUGAAUCACUUGGCUGUAAACCCAUUUGGAUCCAUUUUUUAUGCUGUAUAAAACAAAAUCAUACUGUUGCAUAAAGCUUUAUUGAUGUAAAUAGCUUAUUUUUUAAUGAUUUCAUUGAUACUUGUAAUACAGUCCUUUGUUUUUAGAUGCAUUAUAUUCAUUCUUUGCACCAGCACAUGAGUUAAUAAAUGCAGAAUCCAUUCUCACAGUGUCCACAUUCUAAAAUGAGUCUGGACAGGUAGUAGAAGCUGAGAACAAUCAAUUAAAUUCCAACUUUUAUUUAAUAGAAUGUGAUUGUGAUUCAGUCAUAAAACACCUAACAACAGAUUUAUAAAACCCCUUGUGACCUAAUAAUGAAACUGUGGAAUCUGACAGGUUAGCUUUAGGUUUAAAAGCAGAAACAGAUGGAGACUGUUUUCUUCAGUUCUGGGAGGGAGAGUCGUAUGUAUAUUACCUGAUCACUUUUCAAGAUGUGACUCUCUAAGGGCUUUAUAAAGUCUUGCUACAUAAAGGCUAAAACUGUUACAAUAUGACAUUGGUGUCAGACCAUCUCCUUGGUAAAAGAGAAAAAUAUUUCAUCAUUAACUCUAGAUUGUUGAUUGUGAUUGUGUAAAACUAAAUACCAGAUUUAACCUAUAUAAGCACAAGCUAUUACUUGGAGGUUCUGCAAGAAACAACCCUGUAGUGUUUUUCUUCUUUUUUAAAAUCCCUGAAAUACACCAAAGCAGGCCUCCGUUUAGUUUAAGAAGUUGCUUUAAUAUUUUAUAAAACUCACUGACAUCUUAGAGGGCUACACAUCAUUUCAUAACUUGCUUGUACAGUAGAUACAGUAUUCCAGAGAUUCACGUGAUAACCUGAUCAUUUUGUAAGCUUGACUCUUGUUCUUCUGCUACGUCCUAGCUAAAGGCCUUUUUAGUGUUCAGUGUUCUUUGUUGUGGCGCUGACGCAAAGCUUUUGGUGCAGAAUAUUUCACCAAAACUGUCACUGUAUAGUUUCUGUCUGAAAAAUGCAGCUUUUUGCAUCUCUUACAAAACUAUAUGAAUCUGUCCAACAUGAUACUGGGAAGAUCUUACAGUUAUGUGUCAAUCCUGAAAUGUCAUAAUACAUUUUUUAUUAGUUAGAGCAGUAGUUCUCAACCUGCAGGAUCCUUUCAUCUUGUGUUUUUUAUACCAAAUUAGCUAUUAAUUGGAGACUAAUUAAUUCCUGUAAUUGGACUUGAUUAGACCUUGUCAGCCUGUUGCUGCACUCAGUCUUAGUAACUUCAAAAAUAUUCUGUAGUUCUGAAGUAAUUCAAGAAAAGGAACCUCAGCUUGCUAUUUCUCUAUUUUUCUAAAAAGCUUUCCACAGGUGACCAUUUAAAGGUGGCUAGAUGCAGUUAGGAAUUUACUUGCAUUCCACACUCCUGAUUGGAGCCAGGCAUGAAGCUCAAUAAUCAUUAAUUGAUAGUCAUUGAUAACCCCUUAAAUGUUCAAAUGAACUGAAGUGAAGUUACAGUAUCAAUCUGUUGAGAUACUUAAUUUCUGUGUGUCUUCAGUGCUAAAGUAAAUGCUAUCAGCUGAUCCCCUGGAAUAGGAUAGAAAGUGUUGUUCCUACUUGUAUCUACUCAUCAUAAACUGACCACCUAUUAAGAGCUGUUAAGAAUGCAAUAAGGGGGUAAACUUUUAGUAAAAAAAUGAGGCGUGACUCAAAGUUCAUUAUGGUAAAGUUGUGGGAGCAAUCAACUUAAGUUGGGGAUUUUAUAAACCAAGGACUGAAUGCAGAAAUAGGUAAGCAUUAACUAGCACCAGUAGAUCAACUGCUUAGUUGGAAUGUUAGAAGGUAGUUGGAAGGUCCUAGUCACAGGUGGAGAGACCUUUGGGUGUUCUUUAUAGUGUACAUAUUGAUCAACUGCCUGAAAAAGAUGUGCCUAGAACAUGGGCUUUUCUUUUAGAAACAGAAAUUCUGACUGUGAAUUGAAAUAUUUUUGAAGGGGCAAAGAUGUAAUCAUAGUAAUGAUUUGGGAAAUGCGAGAAAAUAGCUGCCGGCUUCUGAAUCGGUUUGCGAACUGCAUGUUUCUCCCUCUCUCUAGAACAACAGUGCUGGGACUGAGGUGGAGCGUGGAGGAAAAAGUUGGGAGUCUUGUACCAGAAUGAAGUAGCUGUGUUGUCCAAGGUGUCUUGUAAUGUAUUGAUGGACAAUGGGAACCAAUGGGGUUUCCAAAGGUGGAGUUGUCAAAUCUUUAACAGCUGUAUAUACCUGUAUUUGUGUGCGUGUGGGAGACCUUGAGAGGAGCACACAACUGAGUGAGUGUGCUUAUUCCUGUUCCUUUUCACAUAUCUACACAUGCUCUUGCAGAAGAUAGCCUGCAGAUGACGAUGCUACCUGCUGGGUAAGACGCAGCCGGCGGUUAGGGAAAAGCAGAAAAGAUUUUGAAAAUCUGUGUUUCUUAAAAAUGUCGAGGGCCAUGCUGUGCUGACUUUGAAGGCCCAUUACAUGCGCAAGUGGAUUACACCUCAAUGGGAACCAGAUGAGUAGGACUGUACAUCUCGGACCACGUCGACUCGGACUCUGGAUCCAGCUCAGGGCUCUUCUGGACACUGGGAUUGAAUAUGUUGAUCAAGCACGUGGAGGUUUUCCAUGUCCAUAGUUUAAGAGCAGUAGUGUUCAGUCAGUCACUAAGAACCAGAGUCCUACUGAUGCUCUUGCACACAAGCAACAUGAAUAAAAGCUGUUUCUUUCCCUGCUUUUGCCUUUGGUGUUUUCCCACUCCAAGCCAGUGCUUUCUGUUCAUUUCUGGGCUUCACAUGUUUUUGCCUUUUGAUUCAAAGCAUCGACACCCUGGUGGAUUUUAAUCAUGUGUAUAUCAUCUCUUGACCUGUAAGAUGGUUAUUGCAAAAUCUAUUUUCCAUAUCUGUCGGAAAAGACAGAAUACGUACUGAGUAGGUUAGGUUCAGCUAACAGAUGCUGUGAAAUGGCGUAUUUUGUAAUUCAACCAAGAACUAGCUAGAAGCUGAGCUACAGUGGAAGAUGUGUACAAGGACUGUUGCCUUUAGCAAUAGCGACGUGAAGCUUAUCAAUUGGUUCAAUUUUCCCUGUGUAAGACAUUAUAUUCCCCUAAUAUCACUGUAGAGCGGAUUGCUGGCAUGCGUGGAAAGGAAAACUUUCUAAUCACCAGCUUUCUUAAAAAUGUAUGACCUUUUUAAGUGUCAGAAAAGCAUUUAAUCAGUAUGGAACAGCUCUCUUUUCUCGUCUUGACCUCUGCGAUGUUCAGCUAAAGGCAAAUAGUAGCAGUACUCAUUAUCAGUCUGAAAUGCAUAACAUAGUGACUCCUAUUUGUUUAAUAUACAAAGUGUGACUAAUGUGUGAGAUACUGGAGGUGUAGAGAAACAGAGGGGCUAACUGGAGCUGGGAGCUGGGCAUUAUCCAGUGAUGUCAAAACUGGUUUCACUAAGGCCAAACACCUUCUCUUCUUUUCUUAUUUUCUCUUUCCUCGUAAAUGUGUCACUGCCAAAUUGUCCGUAAUAAAAGGUCUGAUUGGGCUUCACUGAU